AUGCAUGAACAAACCAAUGAUUCUGACAGAAUUAGGAUGACAAUGGAAAUUACCGAUGGUAAUGAUCGUAGUACGAAGCCGCAUCCUUUGCCACAUUACAAAAUUUGUCCAUUAUUAACGUCAAUAAAUGAAUUCGCUGAUUCGAUAAAAAAAUUAUAUCAAUACGACAAGUUAAUACGAGAGAAUAAAAAAACUGGCAAUACUCAAGAAGUUGAACCUCCUAUCUUCGAUAUGAGCUUCGAUUUCGAAGAUGUGCCUCCGGCAACCGUCAAUAAGCGGCAUAAUGAAAAGAAGGAUAACGAAAAUAAGAGGGAAGUCAAAAGUAGAUCAUCCAUUCGCAAAACCAAACCAGUUAAAAAGAUUCCAACUAAAGUUCAGGUCGAGCCAAAGUUGUCGAAAGGUUCUAAAAGGAUCAAGAAUAAUUUACGUAUCGAAAUGUUGGGUUUUGACCAAAAACCUAAUUACUCUAUUCGUUCUAAUUCUAUCAAGCGGAGAAAAGCAAGCGAAUGA